AUGGCAUCAUCAUUAUUUAUUACUGUUAUCAUUGUAUUCAUCAAAUCAUCGUGCAUUUGGGCGAAAAUUUCUAAUGUGGAACCGGAACAGCCACAUUUGGAGGAAAGUGGUGUUGGUGAUGAUUUUAUCAAUAUAACAUUGACACCGGGUGAAUUUGACAAAAAUGAAGCACGGCCGAUUGGUAGUGAUUUGUAUGUCAAAUAUCGAAAAGCUGGUGAUGAUGAAUGGGGAAUUGCGGAACCAAAAGGUGAUGAUCUGAAUGUUCGCAUUGACGAUUUGGAGCCUGGAACGAAAUACGAUGUGAUCGUUGUUUCAAAGCAACGCGAUCAGUCUGGAAAUAUUAGGGAAACGGAAUCAACUGUCUCACAUAUUAUUACCACUGGAACUGCACCACAAAGUGCACGAAUUUGGUGGUUAAUUAUCAUUUUACUGGUAAUUCUCUUAUUGCUCAUUAUUCUCUGCAUUGUAUGCGUGGCAGCUCGGCAACGUGGUGCAAAAUAUCCUGUGUCGGAAAAGGAAAGACAACAAGGCAGACAGGCAAUAUUAUCUAGCAUUAAAGAAAGAGGAUUUGGUGAAUAUAUUAAACCAGAAGAUGACGAGAAACGGUCAUUAACUGGCAGCAAAGCUGAGUCAGAAACCGAUUCAAUGGCGGAGUAUGGUGACACGGAUCCUGGGCGGUUUACGGAAGAUGGUUCUUUUAUAGGACAGUAUGUGCCGAACAAAACACUAGUGAGUACAAUAAACGACAAACCUGGCAGGGAUUGUGUUUCGACGUUUGUUUGA